UCCGGGGCAGCACGCUCCGAUGGCUCGGUCCUGUGUAGGGGGUGGAUGAGUUUCUUUGGAUAAUGAGCUCGCGCAUACAUCUAACGUUUGUGUUUUUACAACCAAGGACCAUAUAUGCCCUGUUCGUUAAUUCUAUCACAUAAUGUUUUUAUGUGAUGAUGGCCCUCUCAGUCGUCUGAGUAGCAAGUGUAUUAUAAUCCUGCUGGCUUGUGGAUGUCAUGGCAGUGUAGCCAUAUAAAUGAAAGCUAGCUAAGUAGCUUUUCAUUUGAAUGAAUGAGACUCGGCGUGCUAGGCGUUGUGUAGUUAUUGCAAGCUAACUGGCCAGCUAGUUAAAUUGCCAGUUUAGCAUGCGAGUAGCCUGUAGGAUUGACUUGUUCGCAUUUAAAGCAAUUGUCAAUGGAAUGACAUACGCUAAAUGGAUAUUUAUCUAACUAAAUGUUUAGUUUUAUACUGCUGGCGCAUUUGCUAGCUAACAGCAGCGCAUAUCCUUGGCUGUCCUUCUCUGAUGUUACAGCAGCAGGCUAGACGUAAAACAGUAUAUGAACUAACGUUGUUAGGCAGAGUGAUUGCUACUCUGCUCCGGUUACACCCACUGAGGAGUCCAGGGGGAGACUUGGGUGCUAAGAAGAAGAAGAAGAAACAGAAGAGAAAGAAAGAGAAGCCGAGCUCUGGAGGGGCCAAGUCAGACUCUGCCUCAGACUCACAGGAGAUAAAGAACCCAGGGCUGCCCAUGCAGAAGCUGCAGGACAUCCAGAGAGCCAUGGAGUUGCUGUCCUGCCAGGGACCAGCUAAGAGCAUCGACGAGGCCACCAAACACAAGUACCAGUUCUGGGACACACAGCCAGUACCUAAACUCAAUGAGGUUGUAACCAGCCAUGGGCCCAUGGAGGCUGACAAGGACAACAUCAGACAGGAGCCCUACUCUCUACCACAGGGCUUUAUGUGGGACACGCUGGACCUCAGCAACGCUGAUGUGCUGAAGGAGUUGUACACCUUGUUGAAUGAGAACUAUGUGGAGGAUGAUGACAACAUGUUUAGAUUUGAUUACUCACCCAGCUUUCUCAAAUGGGCGUUGCGUCCUCCAGGCUGGUUGCCCCAGUGGCAUUGUGGGGUGAGGGUUUCCUCCAAUAAGAAACUGGUUGGUUUCAUCAGUGCCAUUCCUGCUGAUAUUCACAUCUACGACACCUUAAAGAAAAUGGUUGAGAUCAACUUCCUGUGUGUUCAUAAGAAAUUGCGUUCAAAGCGUGUGGCUCCAGUUCUGAUCAGAGAGAUCACACGAAGGGUUAACUUGGAGGGUAUAUUCCAGGCCGUCUACACGGCAGGAGUGGUUCUACCCAAACCUGUGUCUACCUGCAGGUACUGGCAUCGUUCUCUGAACCCCAGGAAGCUGGUGGAGGUGAAAUUCUCUCACCUGAGCAGAAACAUGACGCUGCAGAGAACCAUGAAAUUGUACAGACUACCAGACAGCACUAAGACCCCGGGCUUGCGAGCGAUGGAGAGGCGUGACGUGCGUCAGGUGACGGAGCUGCUGCAGAAACACAUGAGACGUUUCCAGCUGGCGCCCUCUAUGGGCGAGGAGGAGGUGGCACACUGGUUCCUCCCUCAGGACAACAUCAUAGACACAUUUGUCGUGGAGGGUGCUGGUGGUGUGUUGACAGACUUCACUAGUUUCUACACCCUGCCCUCCACAGUGAUGCACCAUCCACAGCACAGAAGUCUAAAGGCUGCUUACUCCUUCUACAGCGUUCACACACACACUCCACUACUGGACCUGAUGAAUGACACUCUCAUACUGGCCAAACUGAAAGGCUUUGAUGUGUUUAAUGCUCUGGACCUGAUGGAGAACAAGGUGUUUCUGGAGAAGCUCAAAUUUGGCAUCGGAGACGGCAACCUGCAGUAUUACCUCUUUAACUGGAAAUGUCCCCCCAUGGACCCCGACAUGGUUGGCCUUGUUCUUCAAUAACUAGUCUGUCUGUGACUGCUACACACUGAGGUCAAAGGUCUUCUUUGACCCCUAACAUCGCUCUACAUGGACACACAGGUAGUCCCAAACUAGAAGAAGACAAUGACAACAAUCAACCAAUCAAAGUGAUCGGGAAGUGUGCAUCACUUUGAGCAUCUCUCCUGGAUCAUUUUUAUCAUGGAGAACAUUCUCUCUGCUCACCCGGAACUGCUAACUCUUUUUAACCAUCAACAUCCUGAAUGUGAAGUCAUAUGCUCUGCCUGAGACAGACUCUUGUACAGUACACACACACACUACAUGAAGAAAAGGAAGACUUGCAUCCAAAAUGUUUUUUUUUUUAAUUAUUAUUCAAAAAGGUGCAUUGGUAACCGUGUUUGUUGGACAGUGCAGAAAUGUAGAACCUGUACAUUUAAUGCCAGAACACAUGUAUUCCUGUAGUGUGGAAUAUGGGGGGUGGGAGAGGAAAGAUUCAACUAGCGUAGAUGUUAUUGACUUUGGUGUUCCUAUGAACGGUUAAGAGGGGAGGGGAUUCUAGGGAUUUUUGAGGAAGAAUGUAUUUGAAGCACAAAUCUUAAGUUCUUAACUGAGUAAAAGGCUCCUUAUAACAACCCCAGGUGCAUUUUAUAUAUCGAUUAUUUCUGUUUUGUGUGUUUAGGUUUUUCAAUAUCUGAGUGUUUGAGAAACACAAAAUGCAGGAUGUUUUUCAUUUGUUUUGUGUGUUUGCACCUAACAACAUUAUUUUAAAAAGGUCCCAUUUCUUUUCCCGGCACAAUUCUGAUAUUUAGAAUUGUGCUUAUAUGUUGUGUGUUCUGUCACCAUUCCUCCCAUGUCUGUCAAACUGGCAUCUUCACCUAUAAAUAAAGGUAUUGGGUUGGA